UGUUUACCUCGGGCGCGGUGCAUCGUGGGAAAACCACCAUAUUAGGUGGAAAGUCGAGUUAACCCACACGCGGCUGUUCUUUCGGCACUAAUAUUUAGCAGAAAUGACGCGAUCGUGUUGUGUGAGAGGCUGCCAGUCCCGGCAUGGCAGAUCGGGGGACGAAGGAAUCCGUUUUUUCCGUUUUCCAACCUGGAAACGAUCGCAUGGACCUCAGUUGGAGGAAAUAACAAGGAGACGCCGCAUGGCCUGGCUCUCAGCAGUGAGGAGAAAGGAUCUCAUCUUCAACAAAACAUUCCCCCACAUGUGUGUUUGUUCUCGGCAUUUUCAUAAAGGUGAGCCAGCUUAUGAGAUGAUGGAGAGUGACCCAGACUGGGCCCCAUCCUUACAUCUUGGACACGCGUUUAUCAAACCAACAGACCCUGGUCGCUCUGCCAGACGAAGGGCACGGGAGCAGACACGGAAACGGACCCUUCGGUCAGCAGAGACAGGCAUACACCAGGAUGGAAACACUGACGGGCUACAGACUGAGGAGACAUGUGAUGCUGAAGAAGGAAAUGGUCAGCUGGAGGUUGGACAGGAUGGAGAAGAAAACCCUCAGCAGGAGAUCAGAGAGGAUGGAGAAGAAAAACAAGAACACCCUCAGCUGGAGAUUGGAGAAGAAAACCCUCAGCUGAUCACAAACAAGGAGGUGCAGAACCCCACUGAAACUGUGACUCAGCCUGAAUGUGACCUGUGUGUGCUCAGGCGUGCAGAGGUCAACCGCCUGACAGAAGAGAAUAUAAAACUGCGACGCAAACUUAAUGAGAACAUGAUAUCCGAUAGUUUCUUUGGAGCUGAUGAUGAAAAAGUAAAGUAUUACACUGGUCUGCCAAACCUUGCAACCUUCCUGGCACUCUUUAAUUUUUUAUUGCCACUUAUGCCAUAUCAAAAGAAAUGUCCUACUCCUUUUCAGAUGCUCCUAUUGACACUCAUGCGCUUAAGAUUGGAUUUGCCUCUGCAGCACCUUGCUUAUCUGUUUCAUAUUUCUCCAAGGACUGCACAAACAACGUUUCAUGAUAUGGUGUCAUGCCUUUAUGCAAAUUUGAGGCGUGCUAUUAUAUGGCCAGACAGAGACACUUUCCGUAAAGUAAUGCCACAUCAGUUCAAGGAGGCCUUUGGAAACAGAGUAGCAGUGAUUAUUGACUGCUUUGAGAUAUUUACAGAAAAACCAUCAAACCUGAAAGCGCGUGCCCAAAUGUUCUCCAGCUGCAAGCGCAGUCACACCAUGAAAUAUUUAAUAGGUGUGACACCCAGAGGAGCCAUUUGUUUUGUGUCAAAAGGCUGGGGAGGUCGUACAAGCGACCAACGCAUCACGCUGAACAGUGGCUUCCUUGACAAUUUGUUGCCUGGGGACCUGGUCUUGGCUGACAGAGGUUUUGACAUACAGGAGUGUGUGGGCAUGCUGUGUGCUGAAGUUAAACCAGCAUUCACCGAAGGCCACUGUCAGUUAGCAGCUAGAGACGUGGAGGAAACUAGGAAAAUGGCACAUUUGAGAAUCCAUGUUGAACGGGUGAUUGGAAAUGUAUGUGAAAAGUACAAAAUCUUAAAUGGAACUGUUCCUAUUACAAUGGUUUUACCCUGUGCAGCAGAAGAGGUCACAUUCUUGGAUAAGGUCGUCACUGUGUGCUGUGCCCUGACAAAUCAUUGUCCAACUGUGGUGUAGAUGCAGAAAUCACCCCAGAUGUAGGGGCAUUUGGAUUAUUUUACUUGUGCAUAGGGAAGGCUUGUACACACUGUAAACAUUCUUUUUUAGCACAAUAAAAUUUUGUCAACAAAACUUAAACAUCAUAGAAAUAUCCCCACAACCUGCAAAUAUCAACCUGUAAACAUUCUUUUUUAGCAUCAUAAAAAAUGUCAAACACUGAAAACUUGUAAACAUUCUUUUUAGAAUAAUAAAAGUCUUCUAAAACCUUCUAAAAAUGUAAAUAGUCCUUU